AUGGACAUCAGAGUCCUCAUUAACUACCCUGCUGAUGAGGAGGUCGCCUACACACCAGAUGAUGAUGAGAUCAUUGCUGAGCACCUUCGAUUUAAUCAAAUUGAGGAACAGGAAGAUGACACGGAAGCGCUUCCUCGUGUCAUGUCAUCUCAGGCACUCAAUGCCACACAGACGCUUGAAAACGUUUGGUUGCAGCAGCCAGACCUGAUCCAGGACUUCCUUAUAAGCCUCCAGCGAAUGAAGGACCAAAUUGGGAAGAUCAGAAGUAACCAACUGGUGCAGAAGCCCAUCUAA